CAGGAGCUCGCUUGCAUCGGGUUCGCUCUGCUGGAGGUGCGCGCUGGAGAAGCAGACGCUCUUGGCGACACUGCGGCGCCAGGCGCAGUUGCGCCUGCUCCUGCAGACACAGGCGAGGGCGAGGCUGUCUGCGAGGACAGACUGCCGAAUCCUUGAUGACGACGGCGAGGUCUUCCAGUCGAGUCUCCAAGCGGGCGCUGCGGUAGCCAUCGGCGGUUUCAGGUGCGGCGCGGCCUCCUGGGCGGAGUGCGUGCUGGCCCCCAGCGCGAGCUACCUGCUGGUGCCGCUCGCCCUGCAGGCUCCCGGAGAGGACCUCCCUGCCACCGCCGCUGUCCUCACCAGCUCGACAGUACGGGUCGGCCGACCGCUCUGGCUGGGCUGGCAGGCCGUGCGCGCCGCCUGGGCGGCGUACGCCAGGAGCCAGCGACAGCGAGCCCGAAGAGUUCCACGGCGCGCUGCUGUACAUGGGGAAGGGCCACGUCUUCCUCGGCGACCCUUGGUUGGACCAGAACUUGCCCGCCCAGGCUCAGGUGGCGUUGGCCGAGAACCGCGGGGAGGGGCAUUUCCACGUGGAGGUCUGCGUCGAGAGCGACACGCUCCGCUUCUCUCGCGGGGGAGGGCUUACCAGCGACUGGCUCCCGCAGGGCUACGGGCAGAUCCUGCAGGUGGCGCAGCCCAGCGAGACCAGUGGCGGAUCUGCCGGGUGGGCGAGCUCGCACAGGUUCCUGAUGACCUCCAGCGAGCCGCCUGGGAGCUGGCACUGCCCGGCCGUGGAGAGCUCGGGCGGCGCCGUGGCCAUGGUUGCAUUGCACGAGCCGUUCGUGCUGGCGGCGUGAAUUUCGGGGCGAGGAGGGCGAGGCGUGAGGAGUGUGGAGUGAGGAGCGCCGCGUGAGCAGGGCAGGAGGAGGCACCUGGACUCCCCAGUGCCCGCCGGUUUUUUCGGUGCUCUGCAGUGGCCGGGGAUGUGCAUCCCUAUGCACAUAGCGCGCCGCCGAGGGCGCGCGAGUAGUGCUUGGGCCGUUCGCCGGCGGCCAGGCGAGGGAGUCGCCUCGCCACCGGCGGGCGCUGCAGCUUUUUUUUCGGAUCCCCUUCUCCGUCCGGGGAUGGGGGCUGUGGAUGAGGAGGUCAACAGGUGGCUGGCUUUUCGGGCUGGGUGCGCCAGAGUAGAAUUAGGAUGUUCCGCCGGCGGCCAGGCCUGCGGAGGCGCCCCUGCCGCCAGCGAGAGAGCCGCGGCCCACCUUCUUGCUUGGUCGAUCCCGUGGC